AUGUUGAAAAUCACAGAUAUUAAUAAUCUCCCUAAUAAUUAAGAUUAUUAAAAAGUAGAAAUUGAUUUGAAAGCAAAUCUUUUUGGAGAGAAAGGUAUAAUUGAAUUAAAUUCUUUUUUGGAAAACUUAAAUAGCCUUUCAAGCUUAUAAGUUUUAUUAAGACCUACCUUCUAUGAUACUUACGAUGAGGAUGGUUGUGAAAUAUCAAAAAUUAAAGAUGGCGAAGGUGAUAAUGCGGCUUCUGGUUUAAGCUGUGCUUUAGCAAAUUUAAAAACCCUUUCAGCUUUGAAACUCAGUUUAUCUAAAAAUGACAUAAGGGAUAGGGGUUUUUCUGUUUUAGGAUCUGCUUUAGAAAACUUAACUUAACUAAAUUCUUUGAAUCUUGAUUUGUAAAGUAGUCCUAUAUGUGAAAAGGGAGCAUUUGACUUAUUUUAAUCUUUAGGAAAAGUAUCUAGCCUGACACAUUUGACACUCUAACUAUGUUCUUUUUCUCUUCGCUCAAAAGGCGCUUCUGCAUUAGGUUCUGGAUUAUCAAAGUUAAGUAAUCUAAUAGAACUUAAAGUUUAUCUUUAUUCAAAUAGUAUUGAUGAAGAAGGUGGUUCUGCUUUUUGUUCAGCUUUAGCAAACUUAACUAAAUUAUAAAAUUUUGUGCUUGAUAUAUCUUGGAAUAAAAUUGGUUCAAAGGGUGCUUCUGCUUUAAAUUCUAGUUUAUUAAAUUUAACUGACCUAUCAACUUUAGAACUUACAAUAGAUUAUUGUAAUAUUAGCGAUUAAGAUGUCAUAAAUCUAGGCUCUACUAUAUCAAACUUAGUUAACAUAUCAAGUUUAGUAGUCAGAUUUAUAGGGAAUUAAUUAAGUGGAUAAGGUUUAUCUGGUUUCAUCUCUAAUUUUGCAAAGUUGAUUAAGAUAUAAGCUUUAAACAUCGAUUUUUCCAAUAAUAAUAUUGGUCAAAAUUUUCCAUCUGAUUUAUUCUCUCCUCUAGAGCAUUUAACUAAUCUCCAAGAUUUUAAAUUUAAUUUACAGAAAAAUGGAAUACGUAGUUAGAGUGCUUAAUAUUUAGGCUCUGAAUUAGGAAAGUUAACUAACCUUACAAAAUUGACACUUCAAAUAAAUGACAAUUAAAUUGAAGAUGGACUUUCUGAUUUAGUAUCUCAUUUUAAAAACUUAACAAAGCUCAAAAUUUUGAAUCUUCCUUUAUAUAGUAAUAAUAUAUAAGCUUAGGGAGCAUCUGGUUUAGGCUCUGCUUUAGCAAAUUUAACUUAGCUAUAAGAUAUGAAUAUUGAAUUAUUCUCCAAUAAGAUAGGCACAGCUGGAAUGGCUGGUUUAAGUUAAGGUUUUACAAACUUAACUAACCUCUAAACUUUACAUCUUUAGUUAAUGAUAAAUCAUAUUGGGAAUGAGAAUUCAUCUACUUUUGGUACUUUUUUAGAUAACUUAAAAAAUCUCUAAAAAUUCUCACUUAGUUUAUGCUACAAUAAAUUAAACGCAUAGAGUAUAUUUAGCUUGGGCACUUCUCUAGCAAAUCUAACUAAACUCAAAAAUUUAAACAUCGAUAUAAUGAAUAAUUAAUUGGGGUAAGAGGGUGCAUUACUACUGGGUUAAGCUUUGGCAAAGUCAAAUAGUAUCGAAAUAUUGCACAUCAUGUUAAACAACAAUAAUAUUGGCGAAAAGGGUGCAUCUGAUUUUUUAGUUGCUUUAUCAAAGUCAUAAAGUCUCAUUAUAUUUACAAUUUACUUGUACAACAACGAUGUCUAUGGAAUCAAAUUAAAAAAAAGAUUUGAAAGAAAAAUAUAAAAAGCUUCUUAAUUAAUUAAAUCCGAAGUAAAAAUGGAUUUUUGA